GUAAUCAUAGUUGUUGUUUGAUAUUAAAAACUGAGUAUAUUGAGUAUAAGAAAAUUAAAGUGAUUUCUACAAAUAAUCUUCCAAAAAGUAAGUAAGUUGAACAAUUGGACCAAUUCGUAAAAAUUCGUACAAUGUCGUUUAUAAGUGCUGUUUAUAACAUUCUGCGUCGGUAUGAGGUAUAGCUCGAAUAUGGCCGAAAAAGCACCUGAACUUGUAACCCGUGAGGACAAAAUUGCGCAAGCUAAAGAAUUGUAUGCCCGCGGUUAUCGAAACUAUGUUGUUGGUGAUUUCAACGAAGCAGCUGAAGACUUGAGUCGUUCGUGUGAGCUUUAUGCCGAGCUUUUUGGGGAUGAAUCUGAAGAGGUUGCCGUGCCGAAUCUCUUCUAUGGGAAAACACUAAUUGAGUUGGCACAGUUGGGUGAGAAUAAAUUGAUCGUUUUGCCAGAUGCUGAUGCAGAUGGUGAUGACGAUGAUGAUGAUGACGAUGACGAUAACGAUGACGAAGAUGAGCCUACAUUGGGACAGGACGAGAAUGGUGAACCGAUUGAAGUGGCUGCAGGUUUAGUUGGACAGAAAACCGCACGUGAGGCUGCUGGAAUUGUUUUGGGCAAUGAGCCAACAAAUGAGCCUCAGCCGGGGACAUCUUCUGGUAUUCGAAAUGGUGGUGAUAAUUCGAUUGAAAAUGCUGAAGGAGAAGCAAACGAAAAUCUACAAUUUGCUUGGGAAGCCCUGGAGAUGGCUGCAAGAAUUUUCCGUCGUUUAGGUAAAGGCCAUGAAGAAUAUUUAGCUGAAGCACAUUACGGGCUUGCCGAAAUUUUGAUGGAAAACCAAAAUUGUUCAGAAGCGGUUCGAGACUACAAUAUUGCUUUUGAAAUAUUCAGCAAAAUGGAACCAAUUAAGGAGCGUUGCUUGGCGGAGAUUAAGUACAAAAUAGGGUUGUGUAAUUAUACAACAAUGGCCUAUGACACAUCUAUUGCUGAUUUCGAGCAAUCAGCAAACUACAUGAAGCAAGCAAUUGAAGCUCAAACAGCCCGAGAACAAACACCAGAAGUUAAACAGACUAUUGACGAUCUAUCCAAAAUGCGCGAGGAUAUACUCAACAAAAUCGCAGAGGUCGAAGAGACAAAACAGCUGCUCAAAAGUAACUUGAUGUCAAAGAGUGGCGGUUACACUGCGUUAUUGGCUGAAGAUGCAAAAUCAGAUGGUACAGUAGGCAGUUCCACUGAACAGGCACAAAAACCGAAAGCAAAUGAUAUCAGUCACUUGAUAAAACGAAAGAAACCAGAUACAACGAAUGAAGCUGCAAAUGUCCCUGAUGAAUCAUCACCGGCAAAAAAGAAGGCAAUCUAGACUGGAAAAAAUGGAAUAUUUGUGUUUUUCUUGCACUCAAGGCCUAGUUUACAGUUGGAUGAAAAUAAAACUUCGUUAUGAUGAAGAAGAAAAAAAAAACAAAUAACGAUUUCCAAACUUAUCCUAUAAAACGAUAAUUGUCCUCAAUGAACGUUUUUUUCGCUUAACGUGACAUUGUUUUGCUAAUUUUUUUCCUUUAUAUAAUGAAAACAAAAUUCAAGUAACAUAUUUUUCCCGUGAAUAAGAACUUUUUCGUGUCUAAGAUUUUCUAAGAAAACAGUGUAUUUUGUUGGCUGAAUGUAGUUACUGUAACUCUUUUAAUUUUAAACAUGAUUCGUAAAGAGCAACAUUUUCUUACUAAGCCGAAAAUUGGUUUCGAAAUGAACUGUAAACAAGGCUUGUUACAAAACAUUUUUUAUUAUCACCAAUACUAUUUAACUAGCUUAUUAUAUUCUUUGAGAAAAAUAGUUUAAGUUAACGUAAACGUACUUGAUUAUAAAAUAAUAAAAACAUAUGAUAAAGACAA